AUGGAAUCUGACAACUUGCUGGGACAAGAGUCCCGGCACCAGGGAUCUGGUAGCUUUCAGGAUUCUCAGACUGCGGAGCCUGGUACUGACACAAUAUUGGAUGGUCACCCAACUGCUCCUCCGGUACCGUCAAAUGGCGAUUCCAAAAGCAAACCUGGCAACAGUACUUCUGAGCAUAGUCCUAUUAUAGUGAGUUCUGCUCUACCCGAAAUUUCAUCUUUGAACGAUACUCACGGAGCUUUUGACGAAUAUGAUGAUAGCUAUGAUAUUUACGACAGUGAUGACAGUUUUGACGACGACGACACCAACUUUAGCGACGAAGACAUUGCAGCCGUUUUGUACGGGGCCGGAAGCUUGGACCAAGUUAGCGAUCUUGAGGCAAUUGGAAGACUUGGUAGCUUGAAUCUCAGCAACAUUAAUAGCAUUGAAGGAAUUAGUUUGUUAGACGACAGUGACACAGACAGUGAUUAUAGCGACGACAGCGAUGCGAGCGACGACGUCAACUACAUCAAUUAUCUAAAUGGCAUUAGUGAUGCAAAUAAUAUGAAUGGUAUUAGUAAAGGUCACAAUGCAAUGGGAACUGAAGGUGUGACCAGCACAGAUGACAGUAAUGGCAUUGGCCUUUCGGGGGAUGAAGAUCUCAGUUUCACACAAGAGAAUGAGAGCGAUGGCAGCAAUGAUAGCAACAGCGGCGACGAAGGCUCAGACAAUGAUGAAGACAGUGACCGGAAUCAUUUAAGUGAUAUCAAUGAUGAAAGUGAUGAGAGCUAUGAUGGCAGUGAGGAAGCAUCUAGUGAUACUAGUGAUGCUAGUGAAGAUGAAGAUGACGAUGAUGAUGAUGAUGAUGAAAGCGGUGGAAGUGAUGACAGCGACGACAGCGACAGUGCGAAUCAGAGCAGCCGCGCUUAUUUGGAAAAUUUCCGCAAUGAUAUCCGAAAAGGUACUAGUCGCAUGUUCCCCAAGAUUGAUCCCAUGGACAAUAAUGAUCUCGAGGCGUUGAAUGAGGCGGCAAAGAAUAAUAAAAUUAAAAAUCUCUUGGCCGAGCUACAAAUUGAAAAUCAGAUAAAGGCUGGAGCAGAAAACCUGCUAAAAAUUUAUGAUCGAGAAAACAAAAAGGAACGAAAGCUACAAGCAACCUCUGAGCUUAACGCUGCAAACACAAAAAUUACAUCCAUCAAGCAAGAACUUGCAGGAUUAGGCGUCACAGAAUACGACAACUAUCAUUCACAGCUUAAUAAAGGAUUCUCAUAUUUUAGAAAAAGCAAUGAGUUGACUCCUCUUGAUGGUAACUCUACUACAACUCUCGACAGCGUUGUGUCGACAGACCCAGAACCUAACCCCAUUUGGUCUUUAAGCGAUGUUUUACAGGCACUUGAAGAUCUACAGUACGCCGACGUUAAACUCAUAAUUGACAAAUCUAACGAGCUUGUUUCGCUGCUCCAAAAGUACCCGCACUUAAAAUACGACAUUUCAUCUCCCAAAAUAAUAGAUCGCAUCCGGUUCCUUUUAUUGCAUGAGCACAGCGAGGUUGCUGCAGCUGGUUAUAGAAUUGCACGCUAUACAAUUACAGAUAUGAAUUCAGUCAAGUCAUUAAAACACAUUAAUAUUGACUUGUUUAUCAUUCGAACCAUGACUAAAGACACCAAGUGCAUCUUUGAACGCAUCCACGCGCUCAAAUUUUUGCGAACGGUUCUUGACAUGCCCAAUGGUCCUGAUGAGAUGCCUGUUGGUGUGAUACAAGCACUUGUUUCUGUUGCAGAGCAAAGCGACGAUAAAUUAAGAAGCAUGUCUCUUGAAACUCUUGCUGAGAUUUUUGUACAAAAACCAUUUCUUAUAUAUCACGGUGGUGGUAUUCGUGUUUUACUACAAGCCAUUGUUGACGGCCCAUUUGAGUUAUCAAAGUCUAUAACUAUGGCAUUUACCUAUGUCAUUGAACAGCCACAGAAUCGAAAGAUUCUUCGCAAUGGCAAGGAUCUACAAUGCUUGAUUUCACCAUUCACUGACAAUAUUUCUAAAAGUCAUGGUAAUAUUGAAAAACUUCAGAGCUGUGCGACUGUUUUAACAGCACUUUUGAAAACCUGGCCUGGCCUAUGCAUUUUUUCUAGAGACCAGUUUGGCUACUUGAAGUCGCUAAUCAGCAGUUUUCAAUACCCCAACUCACUCAUUCGUGAAACUCUAAUGGAUAUAUUUUUUUCAAUUUUCCAUGUGAAAAUCAGGUCCUGGACACCUUCAUAUCUUGCUGGACGUCGGUUGACGACAUUGGCACAGGCGGACUUUAAAGCAUUUUUCAAAUCCGGGGUAUUUUCUGGUGAUCUCCAAGAAACAACCUCUAGGUUUAUCAACCACUAUAUUUCACUGGUUCUUGUUAUUUUAAUUAAGUGUGGCCUUGUCAAAAACCUGUUGAUUGUCUUAAAUGAUCAAAAUGAUUUGUUCAAUUCGCGUAAAGCUUCACUACUAUUGGUAGAAAUGCUGAAUCUUGGCUCGCGACUCUUGCCCACCAAGAGCUUAUCACAGCUGGUCGACAUGCCAGACUUAUGGACAUUGCCUUCGUCCAACUUGUCUUCCAUAUCACGUCAUAGGCCUUCACUAUUAACUGUAUCGGAAGCAACAGCCACAGUGCCUGCAGCUGCUGGCGGCAGCGGGCCUCAUAGCAAUUCUCCCGACUUGUUGUUUGCACGUAAUAAUAAUAAUUUAAAGGAGAUGGAUAAAUUUUCGCCAAUAUCAAUAACUUCACCAUCUCUUUUGAUUCCAACAGCUGGUGGAUCGUCUUCAGCGGCAGCUCAGAUUGACUAUAAUUAUGCUAACCACUCUACCUUGAUUUUCCAAAUAUACAAGGUACUUCGAAAUCUUCAAACAAUGCAUAUUGACAGAGAAGACGAGACAAGCAGGCUUGAUUCUCUUUCUUUAAAGGUUAAAAAGGAGAUUGGAGUGCAGAUUGACGAUAAUGGGUUCAAGCAGUUACUGAUGGAUACGCAAGUGCUAACGACAAAGUCAUUUGCCAAAUGGAACUGGGAGGCAUUAACUGUUUUAAUUCAGGGACCACUACUGAACCCAAAGAGGCUUGAAGAGGCCAUUAAGACCACCAAAUUUAUGAAGCGUUUGAUGUCGUUUUACAGGCCAUUUAAGUAUCGAUUUUCGUCGAUUAAAAAUACGCGUGCUAAUCAAAAGUGUGUCAAGGUUGGUCAAGCGUUGUUCAACACACUGCUUCAGACUAACGAGGGUAUCAGAUACCUUAUGGAGAACAAGCUGUUACGUCAAAUUGCAGAGUGUUUGGCACAAAUUGAUCCCAUGAGUGGUAUCACCUCUCAAGACCCUUUGUUUUCUACACGGUGGUUGGAAAACACCCUGACUGGGGGUUACUUUAGUCUUUUAGGUACAUUAAGCGGUGACCCGAAUGGCAUGAUGAUGAUGGAACGCUGGCGUAUGUUUAGUAUGUUUUAUCACAUUAGCGAGUUGCGAAGCCGCGAGGAUCUGCUGCAGGCCUUUUUGUGCAACAUGAAUUACGACUUACACGGCCACCCGCGCAUCAUUUUGUCCAAGGUGCUUACUACGGGCCAAAAGAAUGUACGCUUGUUUUGUACCUCACACUUGCGCAACCUGUGCAAAUCGCCCAAAGAGACACAAAAGUGGGCAAUUCGGUUGCUGGCGACCCAACUAUUUGACCCUGAGUUGGAGGUUUGCAAGCUUGCGGUGGAGGUGCUUGAGGAGUUUUGCAGGGACACUGAAAACCUGGAGUAUUUUGUGUCUCUUCAACCUUCACUCAGCCAUAUUGGUGACAUUGGGAAUCCAUUGCUGCUUAUGUUUCUUUCCACUUCUCAUGGGUUCAAGUAUCUCAAAGAUAUUGACUAUAUUCAUAGUGAGAUGGACAACUGGUUUUAUGGUCAAAACGAUGUUUAUGUUGGUCGUGUGGAGGAAUACUUGGAGCGGUCUCAAAAGAUGAAUGCGUUUUCCAAGCCCACUACGUCGCAGACACCUUCAGCCACUCAACAAUCUUUUCAAACCUAUACUGAAGAGGUUCCUCGACACUUCUAUGGUGAGCUUACACAGACUGAUGAGGGCUGCCAUUUGCUGCGUGAAAAGGGUCAUUACGAAAAGUUAUGUAACUUUGUGCGCAAGUACGGGUUAGUGACUAAUGACAGCGAGAUUAUCACUCAGCUCAAAGGAAGCUUGUGGGCUUUAGGUCACGCAUCAUCGAAUCCACUGGGUGCACCCUUUUUGGAGGAAACUGACAUCACUAAGGACAUUAUAAGGGUAAUGGAGGAGUCGAAGAUUUAUAGUGUCAAGGGCACAGCAUUUUAUGUGCUUGGGCUGAUUUCUUCGACGGUUGAAGGUGCCGAGAUUUUAGACGGGUAUGGUUGGGAAACGGUGAUGAAGUCUUUAGAUACGUCGACGGGGAUUUGCAUUCCACGGGUGCUUGAACAGUUGUUUUUGUCUGAAAACCCUGGAGCCACGGGAGACGGUCAAGGCGAGGAGAUUAGUGAAGAGGAUAUGAUUGAGGAGGCAUUCCCAGUUUUCCAUAAUGACAUUGUGAACCGAGCCAUUAUUAAAGCAGUAUCCGAUUUGAGCAACCAGAUUCUUGCGAAUGAGGCGUCCAAGAGACUUGUACAAAUUUCGCGAAAGUACACAACACGGUUUCAGUCGUCAGCGAUUUUCCUUGAGAUUAUGGGACUGCUUGGUAAGUACCGAUACCGGCUUCCGAUCCGGAGGUUUUUGUUUGAGAUAUUUGAUUCGACUCAUAUUUUGGAGAGCUUAUCGCGGAAGCACCGUGGUGACGGGCACCAGAAACGGCGACACGGGACAAUAGAGUCGAAUAAGUCUGGACAUGAGGACCAAACCAACGGUGGUCGACGGAGCAAGAAUACCAGCACAUCUUCGAAAGAUGACAAUCAGCAGCAGCAGCAGCAGCAGCAGCAGCAACAGCAACAACAACAGCAGCAUUUGCAGCAGUAG